AUGGGUCACUUGAAGAAAUUGUUUUCAAGACUCAGCCUCUUGGUUUUGAAGUUGCAGAUAAGUCAUUGUUUGGUUUUAUUGGAAGCAAAAGUGAUUUUUCGCCAACAGAUGCAUGUUGUUUAUCUCCUGGUCUAUGUGGAUGAUAUCAUUCUAACAGGUAGUUCACCUUCACUAAUACAGCAGAUUACAUACAAGUUAAACACUGCUUUUUCACUCAAGCAGCUUGGUCAUCUAGAUUAUUUCCUGGGUCUGAAAAUCAAGUAUCUACCUAACAGUUCUAUCCUUAUGACUCAGACCAAAUACAUUAGAGAUUUACUUCACAAGACUAACAUGGCUGAAGCUCACUCUAUCUCUUCUCCAAUGGUAUCCAACUGCAAGUUGUCUCGACAUGGUGCUAAUGCUUUUCAUGAUCCAACCUUAUACAGGUCCGUAGUUGGUGCAUUACAGUACGCUACCCUUACUAGACCUGAGAUAAGUUUUGUUGUCAACAAAGUUUGCCAAUUUAUGGCUGCUCCUUUGGAUUCUCACUGA